AUGACGGGUAUUUACCCUGGUGGUCUCUCAUAUAGAUCAGUACAUGGAUGGGGAGAUCAAUAUGGAGACAUUUUGGGUCCGAUGACUAAGUAUGAUAGAUCGGUUCUUGGAUGGGGAGACAAAUAUAGCAGCGUGCUAGGUCCAGUGACUCCAUUUGGCCAUCUGAGCAGAGCUAACGCACGAACCUACAUCCCACAUUCAAAACUUUACCUAAGAAACCUCCUUGGCAAAAGUUACAACAAUAAGUACGGUGUUUUAGAUAGUACUCACCAUAGAAUGUUGUUUGAUUCGGAUUUUACCGGGCUUGACACAAGUCUUUAUGGCAAUAACUACUUGAGUUACGGUACUAAGACAAUGUCUGACAUUCCAAUCUUGACUUUGGGGAUGAAACUUAACUUUGUGACCAUCCUAUCAUUCAAAAAGUUAGAUACUAACAAUGAUGGAUUUAUCUCCAAAUCAGAGAUGAAAGAUAAACUUUUUGAGAAUGUUUGGGAUAUGAACAAGCAGAUCACAAAAGACGAGUAUGAACGCUGGGUUGAUGUUGUCAGCUUUGAUCCCCAAACCAAAAGAGUUUUAUUGACUCACUUCGAUGAUUUGGAUAAAGACAAGAACGGUGUUUUGGACAGUGUAGAUAUUGAAGUCAUCUUUGAUGAGAUUGACAUAGACAGAGACUUCAAGGUUUCUGAGCAUGAAUACAAAAGGUUCCUGGCUAAGCAGGUGCACCGUAUCCCAGCCUUGACCUUGGGAAUGAAAGUAAAAAUUUUGAUCUCCCAGUCAUUUAAAAAGAUGGACAUGAAUGGCGACGGACUUGUUUCCAGGAACGAGAUGGAACAAAAACUGUUUGAGAAAGAUCUGGAUAUUACCGGACAACUGACCAGAGGUGAAUAUGAGCGCUGGGUGGAUGUAGAACAACCAGACAUUUUUACUAAAAGUGUUCUCGCCACUCAUUUCGACCAUUUAGAUAAAGAUAAGAAUGGAGUGCUCAACAGUCUAGACGUCGACAUCAUCUUUGAAGAGAUCGACACUGACAAUGAUAACUUCGUUACAAAGGAAGAGUAUAAAGGAUACAUUGCUAAACAAUUGUUUCGUGGACCCACUGUAUCAGACUGCAUCGGUGAAUCUCCUGUGUUGAUGGAUGUCAAAAUGAUCACACCUUUACUUAUUAGAACUAUGGAUACUAAUGGCGAUGGACUUGUUUCAAAAUUUGAAAUGCUGGAUAAACUACUUGAAAAAGAUGUGUACAAGACCGGACAAGUAACAAUUAACCAAUUUGAAGACUGGGUAAAUGGCGUACACACUGAUCCUCAAAUUAAAAGUGUACUGGGGGAACUCUUCGAUAUUCUGGACACAAACAAAAAUGGCGUUUGGGAAAGAAGCGACAUUGAAACCAUGUUUGAUGAGAUCGACACUGACAGAGAUAACCACAUCUCAGAGAUUGAGAUUUCCGUACAUAUCGGAUCGAUGCCCGGGCUGAUUACACAAAGAUGCUAAUUCAUGACAGAGACAUACAGUUCUAAAUGUCACACUUGCUAAGCAUUGCUUCUUUAAAGAGGAAACUACGUAUUUGGAAAAA